GAAAGCGAAAUUGUAUUUAUGCACGCGUGAGAGAGCCGUUAAAUCUACGUGGCGCGUGCCUUGCUCGAGCUAUCAACAGCAAUAAAACACGAAACAUUAAAAAUCGUCUGCAGUUCGUUACAUUUCCAAGAUGUCUGACGAUAUGUCGAGUGUGCAAUCAACUGAGGACUUCAGUCGUGAGAGGUUACAACUAAAUCAACAUUUGGAGAAGAUGACUGAACAAAUGGAGAAUGCUUCAGUGAAGUUGUCUUGGAUGGCCUAUGAUAUGGUUGUGCUACGGACUAGUCCAGAUCUUGCAGAAUCCCUCAAGUGCCUGGAGAAUGAGUUCCUUAAGUGCAAAGCUGUUAUUUGUGGUCCCACAGAUGGACAAGAUAAAAAAUCUCAUCUUGCCUCUGAAGAACCUAAUAUUCCCCAAGAAAAAAGUUAGAGUUUCAGUGUAGAACAGAGGCAACUAAUAGGAAGAUGUUAAUGGUGUUAAAACUAAUGGAGUUAGAUCUGCCAGGGUUGUUUGGUGACACCAUAUAGGCUUUUUGUAAUUUAACAUGAUUUGAUUCCCUCAUACAAAUAAAUAUCAACAAAGCAGACAUCCUUAUUGUGAAUCUGAUUAAUGCAACUCAUUAAAAUGCA